UUGAUUAUUUGUCUAUAGGCAAAAUAAAACGAUUUGCGGUUUUGCACUCACUCACUCGUUCAGUCGCAAGUUGAUGCCACAAGUAAAUGGUUAAGGCUGCCAUUAGAACAUGUCGAAUUCGGAUAGAAGCUCUAGAGCCCAACAAGUCAGCUUUGAAAAGAGCGCGGCUGAAGAUGGCGAAGAAGGUGGCAUCAAGGAUCCGAAACCUUUGCCGUAUCUAUUCGAAAAGGAGCUGAUAAAUAAUUCCAAUAGACACAUCUAUGUUGUGGAUGACUUUGUGCCCUCUAGAAAUAUUCAUCAUGUUGAUAAAAAAUUCUACGCCCGACAUCAGCAGAGUGAACCUGAGAAUCAAACAUAUUAUCGCUCCUUUGUUGAGAGGCAGGAAAUGGUACAACAUCGAACUUCAAAUAAUGUUUAUGGUUGGAUGCCACCUUCGCUGAAGGGUACGCGCCUGCUAAGUCAAUUGAAUUUUGUCAGUGCUCCCAAGCAGAGAGGUUGCCUUACCGUUUAUGGGGAAAUUGUGCAAAGUGAUCGUAUAACGGAGAGACCGCCAUUCAAUGGACUGCGCUUUUAUUUGCAAUAAAGAAGAUUUUUUUUUUUACGAUUUUAAAGUUUUUAUAUAUUUUGUUUUUUUUUGUAUUUUUUUUAUUUAUAAAAAAUAUUAGUU